CAUAUUCCUGGAGCAGUUUUCAUAGACGUAAUGGAAGCAGAUCAUACUGAUCUGUAUCCCAGAAAUAUUCCAUCAAUCGAGGUGUUUGAAAGGAAGGUUCAAGAAGUUGGUAUUGGCAACGACAGCCACGUUAUUGUUUACAGUGAUACUGAUAAUGCUGGUUAUUUCAUGUCUGGACGGGGUUGGUGGAAUUUUAAGAUCUUUGGACAUGAUAAAGUAUCAAUAUUAGAUGGUGGAUUACAGAAAUGGAAAUCUCUAGGUUAUCAUUCGACUGCAGACAUUCCCAGUGUACAGAAAGGACUAUUUAAGGCAAAAUGGAAUCCGAAAUAUUACAGGACCCUUGAAGAUGUCAAGAAAAAUAUCAAUUCUAAUGAAUUUCUUGUGUGUGAUUCUCGACCAUCUACAUCCUACCUUGAACAAGAAUCCCUUUCAUUCCUGACAACCUUUUACUAUCCAUUUAUAAUCUCUGCAGGUCAUAUGCAAGGAGCAGUCAACGUACCAUUUGGAAACUUGGUGAACAAAGAAACAUUAACACUGAAAUCCCGCGAACAACUUCUACAAGAAAUGAAAGCGUCUGGAAUGGAUUUAUCCAAGCCUGUGGUAACUCAUUGUAAUGGUGGAAUGUCGUCUUGUACCUUAGCCUUUGUUGCUGAACUAUGUGGAAACCCAGACGUCGCUGUAUAUCACGUAUGUAGACCUUUAGAUACAUUUAUGAUGCUUAGUCAGCGCUGUGCUGCAUCGAAAUUACGCUAG